CCCGUCCGCUUCAACCUCCGUCCUCCACUACUGCUGGCUCUGUUCGACUUGGAUCUUGCACCUCACGUCUCAUAACGUCGACUAUCGCGUCGUGCAUCAUCACAGGCUGUCCCUUUUCGCUUUCUUCAGUCCACGGCUAUCGGUCCUCUUCAGCAUAAUAUUACUUUUAUCGAUUAAGUACGAGCUCGCUUUAUUAACGUCAUCGAGUAUUGUGAUCAACGUUUCCAGUUCCUGUCUGGGUUUCUGCGAGAAUAUCGGGACGAUGCGAUAAACGCCUUACAACGAACAAAGAUUGAUAUUAGCUGGACGGUGCUUGGGACCGCACCCUCACCGUCUCGCCUCGACUCUCAUUUUAUACUCAUCGCUUGAUCAAUAAUAACCAAACGACGCUCCUACGACUGCUUUACAAUCUUCAUCUCAAUACGCGCGCACCCUGAACACCACCUGCUACAACAGUCCUUCAGUACCUCGACUGCAAACUGUAUCGCCAAUAUCGCAACUAUGGCGACGCUUCCAGAAGCCGCGGGCAUGACUGGCUUGAAUCAUCAAUCAGCAAAGCGAGCUAUCGACGAAUCCAAGAGCCAUACCGCCACUCCACGCUCAUCUACACCUCCCCGCUUAGAUCGCGCCCGUUUAGAACCCCGACAUAGCCACGAUAACGCAACAAACCGUGCUCUACGCAGCAAUGCAAGGAAAAGCGAAGGUGCCCGCGCGAGUCCUUUCGACAUCGAUGCCGUCGAUAGUGCGCUGCUCCGAGAGUUUCAACGUCCGCAACGUGAGAGCACCCCAGGUGCUAGCCCCCAUCGUAAGCGGCAGCGAAUAAAUGGCGAUCGGUUUGUUGACCCCUUGCCUUGACUGCCGCAUAUGCUCAUCAUCCUGCAGAUUCAUUCCGACCCGCUCUGGCCAGGACCUGCAAGCAAGCUUUAGUCUAUUGCAUGAGGAUGGAUCUCCUGCCACACCAUCGAAACAAAAGAAACGUACACCGCAUGGCGAGCUCCAUUUUCAGAAGACGGAGGAAGCAAACCGGACCUUUUCCCACCUGCUACGUGCUGAGCUCUUCGAGACCUCUGUACCGCAAGCAGCUACCCCAACUCUCACCCCAACCCAAACCCUUCCUGCAAGCUCUCAUAUUCCCACGAAUGAUGGCACGCGGGCUCACACUCCUCCCACAAAUGCGACAGCUCCAUCACUGCCAUCGUCAUUAACACCUUCUACUCCUCACAAAAAUCUCUUCUCGUACAUGUCACCUCGACAUCACAAUCAGGUCGCGGGGCACCCUACUCCCUCAAAGACACCGCAAAGCCGGCAUGGUCCCAACCUUGAUACUCGGAGUGAGAUUUACAGCUUGUCGCCAGUGCGGUUUGGAAGUCAACAAAUGCUACUGAGCCCCAGACGUCAACCCAGAGCUGUCAGUAAGGUUCCUUACAAGGUUCUCGAUGCUCCCGAACUAGCCGAUGACUUUUACCUUAACUUAGUCGACUGGGGAAGCGCCAACAUUCUCGGAGUUGGCCUGGGCUCUAGUGUGUACAUGUGGAAUGCGCAAACUAGCAAAGUCAACAAGCUCUGCACACUUGAUGAUGACACUGUCACAAGCGUUUCGUGGAUUCAAAAAGGUACACACCUUGCUAUAGGAACGGGCAAAGGCCUUGUACAAAUCUGGGACGCAGAAAAGGCUCGUAGGCUACGAACAAUGACCGGACACACAGCAAGAGUAGGUUCUCUCGCUUGGAACACGCACAUUCUCACAUCUGGAUCCCGCGAUCGGUUGAUCUAUCAUCGGGAUGUGCGGGCCCCGGAUCAGUGGCUGAGGAAACUGGUCGGCCAUAAACAAGAAGUCUGUGGACUCAAAUGGAAUUGCGAAGACGGCCAACUAGCAAGUGGUGGCAAUGACAACAAGCUCAUGGUCUGGGAUAAGCUCUCGGAGACACCGCUUUGGAAGUUUUCAGAUCACACCGCAGCCGUCAAAGCAAUAUCGUGGUCGCCCCAUCAGCGUGGCCUGCUGGCUUCUGGAGGUGGCACUGCCGACCGUCGCAUAAUUUUCCACGACACGGUCAAGGGCUCAGUUAUCAACGAGAUCGAUACAGGCAGCCAGGUUUGCAAUAUUGCUUGGUCGAAAAACUCGAAUGAAAUCGUAUCCACGCAUGGAUACAGCCAAAAUCAGAUUGUUGUCUGGAAGUAUCCUUCCAUGACCCAGGUGGCCAGCCUCACAGGCCACACCUAUCGUGUACUUUACUUGGCUAUGAGCCCAGAUGGCCGAACAAUCGUGACUGGCGCUGGAGAUGAGACCCUGAGAUUCUGGUCCACCUUCGGCCGCAGACCUGGGACCCGAGAAGACGGAGAUAAUGGAGGUCGGCUUGCCGACUUGGCCAUUAUUCGCUGAGUCUUCCAGCUGAUGACGAUCAGGUGUUACCUUGCAUCAUUUUUACGAGUUGCUCAGAAGCAUUUCGAUAUGUUCGCUCUAGACUAUGACCAUACACCAUAUGGAAUGCGCAUUUUUACUACAGACACAGUGCAAAGGGUUCCUGGAACUCUUGAAAGUCGCAUACUGUGUGCUACAAUUCAUACCCCCAAGGCUGUUGCAUUAUGCAUUUAUUGGCGUUGUAUCAGAACUCACUCGGUGCUUCAGUGGGUUAGGGAGGCGGUGUUGGCAGGAGUGCUUUACUGGUUUUUGGGACUCAGGGGUUUGUGACGGAUCAUGACACCCCAUUUGGAUCAAAGGAUGGGUUUAACGAUGGAAAGGUGUCUCUCUUUACCUUUCAGGCAGGUCAAGUGAGCAAGGGGGCGAGCUUUAGCGAUUGUUUUCUGUUCUUUAGGCCCUUCGGCCCGCACAUCACAGCGGAUUGCCUUAUGGGAAGGUAGAUAGAUGCCUGAUGAAUAUGAAUCUGACGGGGGCAAACCUCCUCAUUCAGGUUCAGCGAACGGUCUCCCCUCGUCGUGAUCAAAUGUUAUUUACGUGAUGC